AACCGACUCACCGAGUUUGAACGAGUUGAUUCCUUCUCGGAGUAGUGGAUGGCUUCAUCGUCAUCUAGAACUAGGAGUCGUUCUCCAUUUUCGCACCGUAGACCUCCGAGUCCUUACUCUUCGGCUUCGUCUACUUCUUCGUCUCUUAUAAACAAUCGUUUAUUACCUCGCUCUUCUUCCACACCUACUUCUACCGUUUACAAUUCCGGCGGGUCCCGAUCUAUGUCGAUUACUCGCACCAUUUCCGAUUCCGGUCCAAUCGGCUGCUCCGGAACUUAUGGAGCCCAAUCGUCCGUCACUUACCCAUCGGAGGGGCUAAUUGGCGAGUCUGUGCCGACUAUCACCUCUGAGCGAGAUAGCAUCUCCGUCACCGUUCGAUUUCGUCCGAUGAGUGAGAGGGAGUAUCAAAGAGGAGACGAGAUUGUUUGGUAUCCUGACGCAGAUAAGAUGGUCAGGAAUGAAUACAAUCCCCUCACAGCUUACGCAUUUGAUAAAGUUUUUGGACCACAAUCAACAACUCCAGAAGUAUAUGACGUAGCUGCUAAACCUGUAGUCAAGGCUGCUAUGGAAGGUGUUAACGGAACCGUUUUUGCUUAUGGUGUUACAAGCAGUGGAAAGACACAUACAAUGCAUGGUGAUCACAAUUUUCCUGGAAUCAUACCAUUAGCAAUAAAAGACGUGUUCAGUAUCAUCCAGGAAACCACCGGAAGAGAGUUCCUGCUCCGUGUUUCAUAUCUUGAAAUAUACAAUGAGGUGAUAAAUGACUUACUGGAUCCAACAGGGCAAAAUUUACGAAUUAGAGAGGAUUCCCAGGGCACUUACGUUGAGGGUAUCAAGGAAGAAGUCGUUUUGUCUCCAGGCCAUGCGCUAUCUUUCAUUGCAGCUGGGGAAGAACAUCGUCAUGUUGGUUCAAAUAAUUUCAACCUGAUGAGCAGCAGAAGUCACACAAUAUUUACACUGAUGAUUGAAAGUAGUGCUCAUGGAGACCAAUAUGAUGGAGUUAUUUUUUCUCAGCUAAAUUUGAUUGACUUAGCUGGAUCUGAGAGUUCCAAAACUGAGACAACGGGACUGAGGAGGAAAGAGGGUGCAUACAUCAACAAGAGUCUUCUGACUCUUGGAACUGUGAUUGGAAAACUGACUGAGGGUAAGACAACUCAUGUCCCAUUUCGGGACUCUAAGCUAACUCGUCUUCUGCAAUCUUCACUGAGUGGGCAUGGGCAUGUAUCGCUCAUAUGUACAGUUACUCCUGCGUCAAGCAGUACAGAGGAAACUCAUAAUACUUUGAAGUUUGCCAGCAGGGCAAAGAGAAUUGAAAUUAAUGCCUCGCGCAAUAAGAUCAUAGAUGAGAAGUCACUGAUUAAGAAAUAUCAGAAAGAAAUAUCGACCCUCAGAGACGAACUUGAUCAGCUAAGAAGGGGUGUGCUUGUUGGUGUCAGUCACGAAGAGUUAUUGAGCCUAAAGCAACAGCUACAAGAAGGUCAAGUGAAGAUGCAAUCAAGAUUGGAGGAAGAAGAAGAAGCUAAAGCAGCUCUAAUGAGUAGAAUCCAAAAGCUUACGAAGCUCAUACUCGUCUCUACCAAGAAUUCUAUUCCUGGAUAUUUAGGUGAUACACCAGCUCAUCAGCGCAGCAUUUCUGCUGGUAAAGAUGAUAAGUUAGACUCUCUGCUCUUGGAUAGUGAUAAUCUGGCAUCUCCAUCUUCAACUCUCUCUCUAGCAUCAGAUGCGCGACGGUCUUCCAGCAAGUUUAAGGAUGAAAACUCUCCGGUUGGUUCUGGUGCAGAAUUAACUCAAGGCGUUAUGAAUCCAGAUGAAAUGGAUCUCCUCGUUGAACAAGUUAAAAUGCUUGCUGGUGAGAUAGCUUUCAGCACAAGCACUCUUAAGCGUUUGGUGGAUCAGUCCAUAAAUGAUCCUGAAAACUCGAAAAUCCAAAUCCAGAAUCUAGAACGAGAGAUUCAAGAAAAGCAAAGACAAAUGAGAUCCUUGGAACAGCGAAUAACUGAGAGUGGUGAAGCUUCAAUUGCUAAUGCAUCAUCGAUUGAGAUGCAACAGAAAGUUAUGAGAUUGAUGACACAAUGCAAUGAGAAGAGCUUUGAGCUGGAGAUCAUAUCAGCAGAUAAUCGUAUUCUCCAAGAACAACUACAGACAAAGUGUACCGAGAACAAUGAAUUGCACGAAAAGGUGCAUCGUCUAGAGCAACGAUUAUCGAAUCAGAAGUCCACACUGUCUUGUUCUGAUGCUGUGACUGAAGAGUAUGUAGACGAGCUGAAAAAGAAAGUACAGUCUCAGGAGAUUGAGAACAAUAAGUUGAAGCUAGAGCAUGUGCAGAAUGUGGAGGAGAAGAGUGGAUUACGAGUGCAAAAUCAGAAAUUAGCUGAAGAAGCUUCGUACGCAAAGGAAUUGGCCUCGGCAGCUGCUAUUGAGCUGAAGAAUCUAGCUGAUGAAGUUACACAGCUCUCGCUUCAAAACGCAAAGCUAGAAAAAGAAUUAGUAGCUGCAAGAGACUUGGCAGCGGCAGCUCAGAAGCGUAACAAUAGCUCCAUGAACAGCGUGGCGAACCGCAAUGGAACAAGGCCAGGGAGAAAGGCAAGGAUCUCAGACUCAUGGAACCUCAACCAAGAAAAUCUCACAAUGGAAUUGCAGGCAAGAAAACAGCGAGAAGCAGUACUCGAGGCUACAUUAGCUGAGAAACAAUACAUAGAAGAAGAGUAUAAGAAAAAAGCGGAAGAAGCAAAGAGAAGAGAAGAGGCCCUUGAAAACGAUUUAGCCAACAUGUGGGUACUUGUUGCCAAGUUGAAGAAAGCCAAUAGUGGCGCCUUGUCAAUACAAAAGAGUGACGAAGCAGAGUCUGUAAAGGAAGACGAAGCGACAGAGUUAGAUAAUAAUAGUCAACAAAAUGCAAUCUUGAAAGAGAGGCAAGUCGUGGAUGGACAUGAAGAAGUAAUAGUUGCCAAGGCUCAAGAGACACGAAAGGAGGAACCCCUCGUUGCUCGUCUUAAGGCAAGAAUGCAAGAGAUGAAAGAGAAAGAGAUGAAAUCGCAGGCGGCUGCAGCAGCCAAUGCUGAUGCAAACUCACAUAUAUGUAAAGUCUGUUUUGAGUCGCCGACUGCCACAAUUCUCCUCCCUUGCCGUCAUUUCUGCCUUUGUAAAUCUUGUUCACUUGCCUGCUCUGAGUGCCCAAUCUGCCGAACCAAGAUCUCGGAUCGCCUGUUCGCCUUCCCGUCUUGACCCGCGACAAGUCUAGUCACUCUCCUGCACAAAGUAUAAGGUAUCAAGAACUAUACAGAAGUCUGUUUGUUUGCUAAUAUUUUCCAGAACGGCAGGCUAGAAUUCUUUUAUUACAUUUUGGUUUUAUUUUCUUGUAUGUAAUGUAUUUGUUAUAUCUUUCUAUUCAAAAAUGUGGUAAAGAAAGAGGAAACAUAACA